UCGGAUUAUUUUCUUUGCAACUUGCAGAACUGUUCGGUUCGGUUGUCUAUGAUUGUGGAGCACCUUUCUUCUGCCCAGGUUGAUUCUGAUGCUGUACACUACGUAAACUGAGAAAAAGAAGAGGACUAAGAGUAGGCCUACGUACGAAAGCAAGUUCAAACAAAGUUCAACGACUCAAUGCAAAUGAAAGAUCCGGAUCGUUUCUGGUGAUGAAUGCUUGGUACCAUCUGGGGUUGUGAGGAAGUAAAAUGCCGCUUAAAGAAGGCUCGUGGCAAAUGCCACCUAUGAAAAAAGGCUACAGAGUUCCUUGGUUGUGGAAACUGUCGACUCGAUUUGCUGUUACUACCGUUGGAUUCACUUGCAAAUUUUGGCUUGAAUGGCUAAAUAAAGCAAGAUUUCACAACAGAGAAAUUCUACAUGAUAUGUUUGAUAAAACACCAGACAACCGGGGACUUUUGACUGUCUCCAAUCAUAGCAGUUGCAUUGAUGAUCCACUCAUGUGGGGCGCACUUAAAGCCAGGCAAAUAGCAAAUACUAAGAGGAUGAGGUAUUCAUCAGCAGCUGAAGAUGUUUGUUUCAAAGGGAGCAACCUGCUCUCCACCUUCUUUUCUCUUGGAAAAGUUUUCCCUAUUGUUAGGGGAGACGGUGUCUAUCAGAAAGGCAUGGAUUACAUGGUUGACCAACUUGACUUAGGGAAUUGGUGUCAUAUAUUCCCUGAAGGGAAGAUCAACAUGACAAAUGAGUUCCUGCGGCUAAAAUGGGGGGUGGGACGUGCAGUAGCUGAUUGCCAAAGAACACCAAUCGUACUCCCUAUUUGGCAUGUUGGAAUGGAUUCAGUUUUACCCAACUCCAGGCCAUAUAUUCCUCAGAUCAGGAAGCAUGUGACCAUUCUCAUCGGAGAGCCUCUUGACUUUUCAUCAGAUCUGGAACGACUCAGGUCGAUGAAGAAAACGCCCAAAGAAAUCAGGAAGCACAUAACUGACAAGAUACAAGAGGAGUUCAAAUCUCUAAAAGUUCUUGCAGAGGCAUUUCACAAAGAAUUUAAAUCAUCGUGACAUUUGCAAGUCGUUUUAUUUUGCUUCUGUCAUUUUUUUCGAUACUAGGACAAUUUCAUUUCAACCAGAAAUACAUCAGAGACAUGUCAAUGCAUUUUAUGUAUCAACAAGUAUUAUAACAGAUUUAAUGAAGAGGCAAAAUACACUGGGUUGUACUUUUGAUGUGGGUCAUCAUGUUUCCUAUUGUAAAAUAGCUUACAUCCGUUGCUAUCAGUAGAGUUUUAAUUUAAAUGCUAUUGCUUGACAUAUGUAUGCGAUAGUGUUUAUAACAGCUACUGACUUACUAUUAUAGAAUCUAGACCCAGUUCUAAACAAGAAUGCAGUGGGCGCCUAACGGACAUUGCAGCCAUUGGUCCAGCAGGUUGCGCUAGCGGGUGUAGAGCAUAAACACUUUGAAUAUGAAUCUCUCUCUCUCACUCUCUCUCUCUCUUUCUCUCGAUUGGUCAAGGUUAUAGAAUGUAAUAAGGAGAAAUAGAAAGAGAGAGAGAGAAUACAGAUGCCACCUGUACGAACUGGGGUAAAAUCUGAGAUUGAAAAAGGGGCAGGACAAAGGGGGUGGGGGGGAGAAAAGGAAGGCAGUCAGAGGGAAAUUCAGCAAUAAAGAGACAGCCUUUUUGUACUCACCAUUAACCCUUAAAACCCUAUACCGCUGGUAACCGCUGAUAACCGCUGACGCCCUAUUUUCCUAUACCGCUGGUAACCGCUGGUCGACUUUAUCGUUUAAUUCCCAGUGCUAGAAACAGGGGAUGUAACUCCAGAUGACUCUGUCGCGAGCAGAAAGUACCGAUAAUGUCAUGAGAGCAGUUCUACACCGAAAGUUUGGAAAUUUUGCGAGUUUUUAAGAAAAAUUAGUCACUUUUCGCUGCUUAGCCCUCCAGGCCGCAAAAUUUUUGACAUUUUUGAUCCAAACCAGACCCCAAUAAUGAUCUCCCAGUCGGAUAUAUUGAUAAAUAUGACCGUUGAAGACGAUUGCAAUGUUCCGCAUAACAUCGAUGAUGAUUUUGACGAUAGUGGAAUUGGCAGGAGAUCACCACUAAAGCUACCAGAGGCUAGAUCUACGGCUGGGUCUAAUGAUACUUUGACUGAAAUUGUGUCGGGGAUCACACACAAGACUUAACUCAUAGAGUUGGUCCUAAAAACCAGUGUUUUAACCUUUUCCCCUUUUGUUCAGACUGUGCAUUCAUAUAUAAAUAACAUUUUCAAACUUCAGUAAAAUCUAACAACAAUUAAAAACACAGUAA